AUGUUUGAAGGAAGUCAUGCUAACAGAUGUCGACGUAAACUCAAGUCUAACCUGCAGAAGAAGUUCCAGUGUCUGUUUGAGGGGAUCGCAAAAGCAGGAAACCCAACCCUUCUGAAUCAGAUUUACACACCACUAUUCAUCAUAGAGGGAGGGAUUGCAGAGGUCAAUGAUGAACAUGAGGUCAGACAGUUUGAAACCGCAUCCAGGAAACCAGUCAAACCAGAAACAACAAUCAAACAUGAAGACAUCUUUAAAGCCUCACCUGGAAGAGAUGAACCAAUCAGAACAGUGAUGACAAAGGGAGUGGCUGGCAUUGGGAAAACAGUCUUAACACAGAAGUUCACUCUGGACUGGGCUGAAGACAAAGCCAACCAGGACACACACUUCACAUUUCCAUUCACUUUCAGAGAGCUGAAUGUGCUGAAAGAGAAAAAGUACAGCUUGGUGGAACUUGUUCAUCACUUCUUUACUGAAACCAAAGAAGCAGGAAUCUGCAGGUUUGAAAAGUUCCAGGUUGUGUUCAUCUUUGAUGGUCUGGAUGAGUGUCGACUUCCUCUGGACUUCCACAACAGUGAGAUCCUGACUGAUGUUACAGAGUCCACCUCAGUGGAUGUGCUGCUGACAAACCUCAUCAGGGGGAAACUGCUUCCCUCUGCUCGCCUCUGGAUAACCACACGACCUGCAGCAGCCAAUCAGAUCCCUCCCGAAUGUGUCGACAUGGUGACAGAGGUCAGAGGGUUCACUGACCCACAGAAGGAGGAAUACUUCAGGAAGAGAUUCAGAGAUAAGAAGCAGGCCAGCACCAUCAUCUCCCACAUCAAGACAUCCCGAAGCCUCCACACCAUAUGCCACAUCCCAGUCUUCUGCUGGAUCACUGCUACUGUUCUGGAAGAUGUGUUAAAAAGCAGAGAGGGAGGAGAGCUGCCCAAGUCUCUGACUGAGAUGUACAUCCACUUCUUAAUGGUUCAGACCAAACUGAAGAACAUCAAGUAUGGUGGAGGAGCUGAGACAGAUCCACACUGGAGUCCAGAGAACAGGAAGAUGAUUGAGUCUCUGGGAAAACUGGCUUUUGAGCAGCUGCAGAAAGGCAACCUGAUCUUCUAUGAAUCAGACCUGACAGAGUGUGGCAUCAGUAUCAGAGCAGCCUCAGUGUACUCAGGAGUAUUCACACAGGUCUUUAAAGAGGAGAGAGGUCUGCACCAAGACAAGGUGUUCUGCUUCAUCCAUCUGAGUGUUCAGGAGUUUCUGGCUGCUCUUCAUGUCCAUCUGACAUUCAUCAAGUCUGGAGUCAAUCUGCUGGCAGAAGAACAAACAGCAUCCCAGACGUCUGAAACAAGAAAAGACAAAACUGCAUGGACAAGUCUCUACAGGACUGCAGUAGACGUGGCCUUAAAGAGUCCAAAUGGACACCUGGACUUGUUCCUCCGCUUCCUCCUAGGCCUUUCACUGAAGACCAAUCAGAUUCUUCUCCAAGGUCUGCUGACACUGACCCAAAGUAGUUCACAGACCUACCAGGAAACAAUUGAGUACAUCAAGAGGAAUAUCAGUGAGAGUCUGUCUACAGAGAGAAGCAUCAUUUUGUUCCACUGUCUGAAUGAACUGAAUGACCGUUCUUUUGUGAAGGAGAUCCAAGGCGACCUGAGAUUAGGACAUCUCUCCACAGAAGAACUGACUCCUGCUCAGUGGUCUGCUCUGGUCUUCAUCUUACUGUCAUCAGAAGAAGAUCUGGAUGUGUUUGACCUGAAGAAAUACUCUGCUUCAGAGGAGGCUCUUCUGAAGCUGCUGCCAGUGGUCAAAGCCACCAACAAAGCUCUGUAA